GAUGCUAGCUGUAAAAACUCCGUUAGGAUGUCAACUUCAUGUAGCUCACAGAAGUCAGCGGCAUCUGUCACGUUUGUUUGACGUCAUCGCUAUCGGCGACGCCAAUUUGAUGACGCCGAUCUUAAACCGUCUGUGGAUUGGAGCUCAUACUCGAACGUUCCAUUCGGUGUCUGUGGAAGUACCCAGAAAAUGUCGUGACAUGUAAAACUGUUUGGUCUUCUUUUUUUUUUUUUUUUUUUUAAACCAAAUUGCUGUCAUGAACUCCAGACAAAGAAACAAGGCAAAAGAAGUCGAUGCCAGAUCGCACAGAUGGGUGGGCGGGUUGCGUGAUUGACAGGCGUAAGAAACUUUCUUUUGCAUCCGAUUGUACAUUGAAUAGACGCGGCGGAGCAUGGUACUCCAAGGCGGUACAUUUCAAUAUUUCAAUGCAGUGGCAUUUAUAUUACAAGAUGGGCUACAUUUAAUUGCUUAGUGUUAAAUUAGGCAUUUUGUUAAAGACCAUAUAUAUAUUUAAGUGAUCACUGACGUUUUUUAAUUGUUUCCAUUACUUGUGAGCAGAUAGUUAAUCUACGAGAGCGUGCAUAUCUAUGUUAGAUUGUAAUGAACAUUUCAUAAAGUAAUUUACUCGCACAACACUAUCUAUCCAAGUUGUUUAAUUUAAAUUAGGAGCGCAUUCAUUUGCUCCUGGAAUCAGCUUCCCCCUCUGUGGGCCAGUAUCAUGACAAUACAGUCCUGCUGCCAAGGACCCCAUGUUGCUAAGUAACAAUGCCAAACAAGAGGAAACUUGCAUUUGCAGUGUGCAGGAAAGGAAACAUUGUAUUCCUGAGCUUUCCUCUCGACUUUGAGGAUUACGGUCAUUGUCGGCAGUGGCUGAUGUCGUUGAUGGACUUUUAAAACUGAAAACAAUCAUCACUUUGUUAAGUCAGAAGUGGAAAUACAAGACUAUGCACCAUGACCAAAAGGAAAGGAAACACAGGGACAAAGGUGACACUCAAGGAUGCCAAGAAGGCCAUACGGAUGAAACCUGACGGGUGGCGCCGGCUCACACUUAGCAACAUGGGCAUAACCAUCUUCCCGCAGUGUAUCCUCAAACUGACUAACAUGGAUGAGUUGGACCUGAGCCGCAACCAGAUACAAAAAAUCCCAGAGAGCAUUGGGAAGUUGUCGUCGCUCAGGUGGCUGGACCUGCACAGCAACAACCUCGAGUCCGUGCCCGAGUCCAUCGGUAAACUGGUGGGCCUGACCUACCUCAACCUCUGUAACAAUCGUCUCACCUCAUCAGGUUUGCCCGCUACGCUGGCCUCCCUCACCAACCUGACAAGUCUAAACCUGGGGUUGAACAAGCUGGACGCUCUGCUUCCCACGAUGGUCCCUGUGGAGAGCCUCCAAGAGUUAGGCCUGUUUGAUAACCUCUUCACCCGCCUGCCAGACUUUGUGAAGGCACUACACAAUCUGACUAAAGUGAACAUAAAACGAAACCCCUUGUUGAAAGUUAAGGAGGCUGGCGAGGAGAUGGAAAGUGAAAAGUCAGACGAGGAGGACGGUGUGUACCUCGUCCAUGAGAGUAGACUGUGUAGUACGUGCCUUAAAAUAUGUAAAGACCCAGGAGGAAGGCAUUUGAGAGGAGAUUGUAUGAGGGACAUGUUUGACGACAAAAGGUGUUAUUCGGGACUGGUAACACCAAACUCGGUGGCCGCGGUCAAUCAGGAUGUGUGGAGAGUUAAGAAACUAGAACACUUUCAGUCGUUCGAAAGCAAUAUUUGAUAUGUUUUCAUGCAUAUCGCACUUCAUCUCAUAAUGCAACAACAAUGAAAACAUUUGCCCCCUUCAAUAAACUGCUGUUUAUUGACUUGA